AUGACUUUUACGGUUCUCUCCGAUAACGAUGUCAAGCAUAUACUGAGGAAUCUCACUCAGAGUGACACCUCUACUCUCGUCGAGGCACUUGAGAAUGCACUGGUCAGGUAUUCCAGCCAGGGCGAGCAGCAGUAUCAACCUCAUCGUGCGGUAGUUUCCCGGCCCGAUGGCCAAGUCAGUUUGUUCAUGCUGGCCACGACUGAGCAGUCCAUUGGCGUCAAGAUUGUCGGCAUCGCUCCGGCAUCAAAAUUGACCAGCGCCGACCCCAACGUAGCUCCUCCACCUGCGCUACGGAGUGCUCUCACCCUCUGCGACGCCGAGGGCCAAGCCAUUGGCGUGCUCAACGCCGCCGAGCUCACCGCCUUCCGGACUGCACUGGGUUCCAUGCUUCUCUUUCGGCUGCGGAAAAAUGUACAAAACCUUGUCGUCUUUGGAGCGGGAAAGCAGGCACUGUGGCACAUUCGCUUGGCCAUUCUCCUGCAGGGCGACAAGAUCAAGAACAUCACUGUCGUCAAUCGAUCACAAAAAAGAACAGAGGCACUGUUUGACGAUCUCCGUGGCGAAGCUCAAGCCCCUUGGCCUUCACACAUAAGCCUGAAAGCUUUUCAGGACGGGACUGACGAUUUGGAAAGCCUCGUACAAGAGGCAGAUGCACUCUUCUGCACUACACCGUCCACGAAACCUCUCUUUCCUACCAUCUUUCUCUCGUCCGAGAUUGCAAGAAAAAAGACGCGGUUUAUUUCUGCCAUUGGAUCGUACCGCCUAGACAUGGCUGAGAUUGACCCAGAACUUCUCAAGGACAUUGUUGAUAUUUCGGGCUCAUUUGCGAACCAGGUCUGGGAAGGGUAUAUUACUGUCGACACUCGCGAUGGAUGCUUGCAGGAGGCUGGAGAGCUGGUUAGUGCAGGCAUAGACCCCAAGAAGAUGCUCGAGGUUGGAAAUAUCUUCGAGGGCAAACUGGAACCUGCUCAAAAGGAGUGGCUCGAAUCAGGAUUCGUCAUGUACAAGAGCGUUGGUGUCGGUGUCAUGGACAUUGCGAUUGGGCAGGCAUUGUUGCAGCUCGCACCUUCGAAAAAUGUCGGCAUGAGCAUGGAGAGCUUCUGA